CAGCCGAUAUCAGCAAGACAGAAGCAUAUGACGGUCUAUAUAAUAAAGUAAGAUGACACGAGUUUCAAAAAACAUGGUUUCUGUUUCACUCUGGAUAACAGUAAUAAUCAUUUUUGGUUCUUUUUGUGAUGGUGGCAAAAUCUUGGUUGCGCCUUUGGAGGGAAGUCACUGGGUGAACAUGGACAUCCUCAUCAAGGCUUUACAUGGUCAAGGGCACACUAUUGAUGUGAUACGCAAUGCCAAUAGCUGGUUCAUCAAGGAGAACUCAACAUAUUACAACUCCAUAACCAUACCUGACACUAAAGGAUGGGAUGAGGAAUUUGUAGCAGACUUCAUCUACAAAAUGAUUGACUAUGAAAGAGGAAAAGGCUACUGGCUGAGCACUGUAAGGCUGUAUUUAAAUGUGUUUGGUGCUAUUAAAAAAACUCAUGAAAUGGUAUGUCAGCUUAUAACAAACAUGCUUGACAGUGAGGAAAUUCUGAAGAUGCUGAAUGAAAAACAGUAUGAUCUGAUGCUCACUGAUCCAACAUGGGGUACAGGCAUUAUUCUGGCUCAUAAACUCAAGUUACCCAUAGUCUAUAAUGUUAGAUGGACUGCUACUGGAGAAGGACACUUUGACAUCGCUCCUUCACCAAUGUCCUACAUUCCAAUUACAGGAUCUGGAAACACGGACAGAAUGAGCUUCUUCCAAAGAGUAAAAAAUUAUUUCUUCUAUUUGUUAAUGGAGCUUCAGUUGAGCCGUUUUAAUGUGCCACAGUACCAAGCAAUUUGUGACAAAUAUUUCACUUCACAUGUGAACUUUCAUGAACUUCUCCAGGGGGCUGAUUUAUGGCUCAUGAGGGUUGAUUUUGUUUUUGAAUUUCCACGUCCGACAAUGCCAAAUAUCAUCUACAUUGGUGGCUUUCAGUGCACUCCAGCAAAGCCCCUUCCACAUGAUCUGGAAGACUUCAUGCAGAGUUCUGGAGAUCAUGGAGUCAUCGUCAUGUCUUUAGGGUCAUUUAUUAGUAACCUGCCAGAAGAUGUAACAGCAGAAAUAGCUGCUGCUUUUGCUCGGCUCCCUCAAAAGGUUAUAUGGAGAUACACUGGAAAGAAACCAUCUACUUUGGGCAACAACACAUUAUUGGUUGACUGGAUGCCACAGAAAGAUCUUCUAGGACAUCCAAAAACUAAACUUUUCAUCGCACAUGGUGGAACCAAUGGGGUUCAAGAAGCUUUAUACCAUGGUGUUCCAGUGGUUGGAAUUCCAUUCUUUUUUGACCAGUAUGACAAUCUCAUUCGAUUACAAGCAAGAGGUGGAGCCAAGUUGCUUUCCAUUGCAGAUUUAGGUGAAAACACACUGCAUGCAGCAAUACAGGAAGUAAUCAAUGAGCCAUCCUACAGGCUGAAUAUGCAGAAGCUCUCUCAUCUGCACAAAGAUAAGCCAGUCAAACCUUUGGACAGCGCCAUCUUCUGGAUUGAGUUUGUAAUGAGACACAAAGGUGCUGCUCAUCUCCGUACAGAAUCCUACAACAUGCCUUGGUACUCCUAUCACUCAGUAGAUGUUGCAGUUACACUGCUUGCAGUUGCUUUGAUAUUCACUUACUCCAUAUUUGUAACCGUUAAAUAUCUGUGUGUCAAGUGUUGUAGCCGAAAAAGAAAAACUGAGUAACCACUUACAAGUGAU